AUGACAAGUGUAUUCGGUGGACUGAACAUGUCUGCGUUGAGUGUGAGAGCGCCGGGGCUGCAGGCCACCGCUUUGGACACUAGGUCUCUUAGAGUGCAUGGCGUUACGACCUUGGAUGGAGUUAGGAGGAACCUGUUCGGUUGUACGGAUAGAGAAGAGAACAGAAGGUUUGUGGAGAGAGAGUUAGCUAGGCAGUUGGAGCUUGACAGUCAAAGAUGGGGCUUCGACUUCGCCAACGAACAGCCUCUGCCAGGAGCGCAAAGAUUCGCUUGGCAAUUGGUACCAGCGUCGAGUAUACCGGCCGCUUUAAGAAGAUCCCCGAUUACCAUCACACCCAAGCCGAAGCAAGCUCAAGAAACGAUGGUAUCCAGUCCCGAAAACACCAAAACGCAGAAGAGAAUAACAGAUUUUCUCAAGCCAAGGAAACGUCUGCCGAGCAACAAGAAGUCUCCCGCACACAAACAUAAACACGAGUGUGGGCAUGGAGCUCACCUUCGUCCACCAAAGGUAGCGAGACUCACACAGACACACUUCAAACGGAACAGUUAG